UUAGUGGGAAAAAAAGUUUGGUGGAAGAGGAAAAGUGGGCCAUCAUAAGUAAUACAGACAACGGCUUCAUAUCCCCUCGCAUUUGCCACCAAACUCACCUUCACCUUCACAACAUAAACACAGCAAGUUAGAGAGAGACAGAGAGAGAGAGAAGCAGAGGAGGAGGAGAUACACAAGAGCUUAUCUUCAACCUGAAAAUGGACUCCAAGAACCAAACCCUGGAAAAACCAGAACCCCAAACACCAUCAGAUGACCAAACCGAGCUUCUUCCCAUCUUACCCUUCAACCCUCUCCCAACCGCUUCACUCUCCCUCUCUCUCUCCCCAACCCUCCUCCUACCCACACCAAACUUCCUCAUCCCUCCCAAAAUCACCUCCCUUCUUUUCAUUAACCCCAAAAGUGUCAAAAUCCCCACCCAAAUCUCCUCUCUCUCCUCCCUCUCUCUCUCCUCCACCUUCUCCCCUCCGAAACCCUCCCACAAAUCCACCAUCUCAUCCAACCCUCUCCAAGCCCCUCUCUCUCUAAACCCCCGCCGCCCAUCCGACCCCACCAACCCCGCCGGCAUUCGUCGAUGCUCCAUCGUAUGGUUCCGAAACGACCUCCGUGUUCACGACAACGAAACCCUAAACUCCGCCAACAACGAAUCCGGGUCCGUCCUGCCCGUCUACUGCUUCGACCCAAGGGAUUACGGGAAGUCCUCAACCGGGUUCGAUAAGACCGGACCCUACCGGGCCACGUUCUUGAUUGAAUCCGUUUCGGACCUUAGGAAGAACCUUAGAGAACGUGGGUCUGACCUAAUUGUUAGGAUUGGGAAGCCUGAGAGUGUAUUGGUUGAGUUGGUUAAAGAAACCGGGGCGGAUGCGGUGUUUGCGCAUAGAGAGGUGUCACAUGAGGAGGUUAAGGCUGAGGAGAAGAUUGAGGAGGCGUUGAAGGAUGAGGGAGUUGAGGUGAAGUACUUUUGGGGGAGUACUUUGUACCAUAUGGAUGAUUUGCCGUUUAAGUUGGAGGAAAUGCCAACGAAUUAUGGUGGGUUCAAGGAGAAAGUGCAGGGGUUAGAGAUUAGGAAAACUAUCGAGGCGUUGGAUCAGUUGAAGGGGUUGCCGUCUAUGGGGGAUACUGAAGUUGGGGAGAUUCCGUCGUUGGUUGAUUUGGGUCUCAACCCAAGUGCUACAUUGGGUCAGGAUGGCAAGCCGGCUGCCAAUGCUUCUCUGGUGGGAGGAGAAACUGAAGCAUUGCAGAGGCUUACAAAAUUCGCAGCUGAAUGCCGAGCGCAACCAAACAAUGGAACCAAGAAUGGCAACAAUGACAGCAUUUAUGGUGCAAACUUUUCCUGCAAAAUCUCUCCAUGGCUCUCUAUGGGAUGCCUCUCCCCCCGCUCAAUGUUUGAUGAUUUGAAGAAAUCCAUUUCCAGGACAAUUUCUGCUGCCUCAAACCAGAAAGAUGGUGGCAGUGGGCCUUCUGAUACUGGGAUGCACUGGUUGAUGUAUGAGUUGUUAUGGAGGGAUUUCUUCAGAUUCAUCACCAAGAAAUACAGCGCAGGUAGACAACAGAGUACCACUCCAGUCACGGCUUAUGCAGGUGCCACUGCUUAAGCAGAAACUUGAAAACAAAAAUCAGACUCUUGGUGGGGGUGUAUUCCGUUUGCUAAUGAUAUUUCAGCCUGUAGCCAUUUAGGUUUUGGAUUACGGUUCUUUCUUAAAAAGUGAGCUGCAUCACUGUCAAAUAAUUUGUUGCACAUGGAAGGAAGCUUUGGUGUUCUUGAGAAGGUCGUUAUGGUCGCUUCGCCCCUUAAAACAUUUCGGAUGUUAAUUUAUCUCCUCGUGAAUAACAGAUCCGUGUGGUUCUGCUUUC